AUGACAAAGCUAUUCAAAGUACUUGAUACAAAUUUUACUACAAGUUUAGUUUACUUUUCAGGUGAAAAUGAUGAUAGUAGUGAUAAAUCUUAUUUUCCACAAAAUAGAAAACAAAAAGUUUUUUUAAAAAAAAAUGAUAAUGUUAUUUGUGGUGGUGUGUUGCUUUCAUCAAGUCUUGUAUUGACAACAGUAUCAUGUAUGGGUGGUGAAGCUUUAACUCAAGGUGUAGCAAAAGAUUAUCCAAAUAACUCAACUCAUCAUUAUAAUACUCAUCAAUCAAACAUGAUAACUGUAUCAUGGAACUCAAAAAUUUAUGAUGUUAAAUGGAUUGAGUCUCAUUCAUUUGUAAGACGAGUUGGAUCAGGAAUCAGAAAUCCAGUUGAUGGUCUUGCAAUUUUAAAACUUGAAAAAGAAAUAACAUUAAAAACAGUUAAUAAACAAAAAGACAGUCAACAAGUAUUUCCAUAUUUUGCACAUAUCAGUCAUGAUAGUAUUUUAAAUGAAGAAUUUAUACAGCUUAUGGAUUCAUCAAGUUAUGUUUUGAAUGGUGAAAUAAUAGCUUUUAAAAUUAAUCACGGUGAAAUUUGUAAAGGAGCUACUGAUGAUCAUGAUCAUGAUCGUCUAUGUGGUAUUUAUAUGGGUGAAAAAAAUAAAGAAUGUCGUAUAUAUCCUGGUGAUCCUGUCUUCAAUGCACGCUAUGAGCUUAUUGGAAUUACAGAAUCUUUUUAUAAUUGCAAAUACGAAGCAGUUCCUUUUACUUUCAUUAACCUUAGUCCACAUCUAUUUUGGAUUCACGAAUAUUUUUCUGAAUAG